AUGGAGUCGGCAGCAGAAACUAUGAGGCCCAGAUCCAGUCGUCAUGGGUCAAUACAAUCGGAGGACUGGCCUGAGGGGGUCCCCUUGUCCCCCACCCGACACCGCGAGGGGAAACAUAAUGGAGAAGGACGAAACGGCGGGGUUAAAAUCCUGAGUGACGGCCGGCUUGAUAUAAAGAUCAACGAACAUCUGCCACAACUCGCAGGGCUAUUAAAUCGCAUCCAAACGGCAACUGCACGACCAGACCUAGAGGAUCUAGAGGCGAAGCCGACCCCAGAAGCAAUACCAAAAGAUGAGGGCAAAGACUUCGCACUGAAGCUGAACAUCGUCAUCCAAGUUAUCGGAUCUCGGGGUGAUAUUCAACCGUUCCUUGCGCUGGGCAAAGAGUUGAAGAAACAUGGACACCGCGUACGGCUAGCAACACAUCUCAUUUUCCGGGAGGUUGUACUUGAGGGUGGUUUGGAAUUCUUCAAUAUCGGUGGUGACCCCGAGGAACUGAUGGCGUUUAUGGUCCAAAAUCCGUCCUUAAUGCCCGCAUUCAGCACCAUUCGCAGCGGUGCCAUCCAGAAACGCCGACGCGAAAUGAAAGAAAUCAUAUAUGGAUGUUGGAGAUCAUGUAUUGAAACAGGUGACGGCACAGACCUACAUCAAAUCAAGGAGGAUCUUUGGAAUGACACUGUGGAUUAUCGUCGACGGCCAUUUGUUGCUGAUGCAAUAAUCGCCAACCCACCCAGCUUGGGACAUAUUCAUUGCGCACAGCGGCUGGGGAUUCCACUUCAUAUGAUGUUCACAAUGCCUUGGUCAGCUACCCAGGCGUUUCCGCAUCCUUUAGCCGUUCUCCACCAGCAAGAUUGCAAGCCAACAGUUGCAAACCUCAUAUCCUAUACCGUUGUCGAUAUUAUGAUUUGGGAGGGAUUGGGAGAUCUUGUUAACUCGUGGCGGAAGAGAUGUCUCGCACUCGAUCCCUUGGAUGCGAUCACAGCGCCGAGUUUGCCCCAGCGCCUCGGUGUUCCGUUCUCAUAUCUGUGGUCACCGGCAUUGCUGCCAAAGCCACGCGACUGGGCUGACCACAUCGAUAUUUGCGGUUUCAGCGUCCUACCUAGAAAGUCAGAUUACAAGCCUCCAAAAGAGAUCGAAGAUUUUCUCAACGCAGGGCCCACUCCUCUCUACGUUGGAUUCGGCUCUAUUGUGGUAGAAAACCAAAUCAAACUCACGGAAAUCGUGUUCGAGGCGAUACAGAACGCCGGCCAGCGCGCAAUCGUUUCGAAAGGGUGGGGAAACCUCGGAGUUGACGACGUCGAUGUGCCAGAUAAUAUCCUCAUCGUCGGCAGCGUACCUCAUGACUGGUUAUUCCAGCACGUAUCAUGCGUGAUUCACCACGGUGGUGCAGGCACCACUGCUGCAGGACUUGCGCUUGGACGUCCGACCAUUAUAGUUCCCUUCUUUGGAGACCAACAGUUCUGGGGAGGAAUCGUCGCAGUGGCUGGGGCCGGGCCGGCACCUGUGCCUCAUAAGCAACUGACAGUUAAGAAGUUGACUGAUGCGAUUGAGACAGCACUGAAGCCUGCAACGAAAGAGAAGGCACAAGAAAUUGCGAAUAAGAUGCAGAAAGAGUCUGGGGCGCGGGAUGGGGUACGCAGCUUUCAUCGGCAUCUUAACAUGAAGACUUUACGAUGCGCAAUAUGUCCGACUCGUCCUGCUGUAUGGCAUAUUAAGGAAACUUCCAUUGGGCUCAGUGCUUUCGCCGCAGCGGUACUGGUUGAAAUGGGGGCUAUCAAGCCGCAGAAAGUUGCUUUAAACCGAGCAUCGGAAUACGACACAUACCGCAAUCCUGUAGGUCCUGUCAGCGCAGGAGCUCAGGUUCUAGUCGGAGCACUUGCAAACUUUGUGACCGGGAUCGGCGAGGUCCCUUAUGACAUCUUUUCAGAUUUCGUCACUGCCGGUCGUGCAAUAGGUCACACUCGUUCACAGUCUAAUCCCCAGUCUAAUGCAUCAAGACGGUUUUCAUGGAGGAAACAUCGCAGAAGUGAAGAGUCAGACGUGGAUAGUGAUGAGGAACAGUAUCAUGACGCCGCUGAGUAUCGUGAGCCCGCUGAGUACCACGGGCCUGACCAGUGCCGAGGACUCGGCCGAUCACUUAACAAUGAUAAUGAUGAUGUUGAUGACGGGAUAAGCCUCGACACUAAUGAAAACGAGACCGACAACGCGAGACAUAACAAAAUGAACCAUAAUUUACCAGCUAGCGCCGCUGGUCAGAGACAAGGCAUGGUGCCGUGUGAUCAGCUGGCACUGUUGAGCUAUCUAGAGUCCCCCAGCGGGAAAGGUGUAAUACACGAAAUACGCACUCACGGAAGUCGAAUGUCGAAGAAGUUAUUAAAAAGUAUACUCUGGCUUCCAACGGACCUGACUCUCAGCAUGGCCAAGGGAUUUCACAAUGCGCCGAGGAUGUAUAACGACCCAAUGCUCAAAGACACGCCGACGGUUAUCGGCUUUCGGAGUGGACUUGAGGCAGCUGGAACGGAACUCCGAGAUGGCUUUUACUAUGGUAUCACGGGCUUGAUCACCCAGCCUCGAUAUGGUGCGAAGCACCAAGGAACGAAAGGAAUGGUUAAGGGAAUCGGGAAAGGAAUUGGCGGUGUUUUCCUUAAACCACCAGCAGGUCUCUGGGGCCUCCUUGGAUAUCCCUUAGUUGGAAUUCGCAGAAAACUUCAAAAAUCGCUAGGCAGGAGCCAGGAGCUUGGUAUCAUGGCGUCUCGGAUCGCGCAAGGUAUUGAAGAUAUGCAGGCAUCUACUCCCGACGAACGCGCGGAGGUUGUGAGAAAAUGGAAUCUCCUUGAAGAGGAACUUCGUGCCUCUUAUUGA